GUUAGUCAGCAGUGCAACAGGAAGAAAACGUCGACUGCCUUUUUGUGCAUCACGAUCUAAAAACAGAGGAAAAGUGGACUAAUCAUUUUUUAACACGUGGCGUCUUGCUGUUUAUAGAAAUGUCAGGCGUUCGGAAGAAGCUGGUGAUUGUGGGAGAUGGAGCUUGUGGGAAAACAUGUCUUCUUAUAGUUUUCUGUAAGGACCAGUUUCCCGAGGUCUAUGUUCCAACAGUGUUUGAGAACUACAUAGCAGACAUCGAAGUUGAUGGAAAACAGGUGGAGCUGGCGUUGUGGGACACUGCAGGUCAAGAGGACUACGACAGGUUGAGGCCUCUCUCUUACCCCGACACAGAUGUCAUCCUUAUGUGCUAUUCCAUUGACAGCCCAGAUAGUUUAGAAAAUAUUUCUGAAAAGUGGACCCCUGAGGUGAAACACUUCUGUCCCAACGUUCCAAUCAUCCUUGUAGGGAAUAAGAAAGAUCUGCGGAACGAUGAAAACACACGCAGAGACCUGGCCAAGAUGAAGCAGGAGCCGGUGAAGACAGAAGAUGGAAUGAGCAUGGCCACCAGGAUCAAUGCUUUCUACUACUUGGAGUGCUCUGCUAAAACAAAGGAUGGCGUGCGGGAAGUGUUUAACGUAGCCACGGCAGCAGCGAUGCAGGUCAAAAAGAACAAAUCAAUGAAAGGCUGCAUGCUUCUGUGAGCUACACCCAGGCCCAGGAAACCAGGAAAUUAGCUGACCAGUCAAAGUAAAGCAGGACACAUGAAAAGGACAGACCUUUUAUGAAAUUGAUCUUUGUACUGUAUCUCACCUUUAAUAAAAAAAACAAACAAACAGGCAGGUAUAUGAAUUGAAAACAAACCUGCAAAUACAGGGAAUGGACAUUACUGUAUGCUACUGCUAUGAUGAUGUACACUACACUUUUUAUUGUUUUCUUUUCUACUGGGGUGUUCUUUACAAUUGUGGGCAUCCUUUAUCUUCAUAAAGUCUCGUGUCGCCAGUCCAGCUCUGUUUACAUUGGAAAUAUCGUUUGACUGGUAUAGCUGGUGACCAUUUUAAGUUUGUGCAUUGCCAUCUAUGUGCGUUGGGCUUUUAGUGAAUAGAGGACCUCUUCACUGUGCUGUUACAAUACCACAACUUUAGUUGUGGUAUUGUUCUAGCUCUGCUGGCCAAUCAUCAAAGAAAAAUGGCUGCCUGUGCUCCUUUGCAUUCUGUUUUUAAUCAAUGCACAGUAAAUAAAGACAAGUGGCUUCUAAUAUGAAAGAAAUAAUCUGUGACAAAGUGAGCUUUCUGUUUUGUUUAUUCACACAGACGGUCUGCACUGUGGAUUAAGAUAAGAGGGAGACGUGACCAGCUGAGACACAAGCCCUUGUGACUCAUUCAUGCACAAUAGCUUCCAGGAGUUACAGGAAGAUGACUUAGUUUAAAGCGAUUGCACUGAUUGGUUAUUGUAUUUGCUUUCUGCUUCUUCUCAGCAGAGCCAGUUACACCUGCUGCUGGAAUGCCAUCAGUAAACCAGUUGACCCAGUCGAGGACACCAUGAUCCAUUUGCACGUCUUAUGUUCCCAGUAGGACAACAUUCCUUACAGGUCCGAGAAGAGCUGAGAUGCGAUUAAAUUGUUUUAUUCCAGUAAAUUCACAGUUCUUCCCCAGACCAGACAGAGUGGCUGCUUGGCGGCGACCUGAUAUUGUCUGAAGACUAAACUACUUGACAUGUUUGACAAAGGCUUCUUUCUUUGAUUUACCGACAAUGCUAGGCGAGCACAGUGCCGUUUCUAUUCUGUUAAGAACGCUGUGCUGAUUGGGCUCACAAAAACUGACAAGACAUUGUUGGACAAAUUGAUUUGUUGCUGUAUCUAGAACAACACAUUUAAUAUCCAAUUUCAAAGCAGUCUUGUCUUGUUUGAAUGAAUCAUUAAUUAUUUGUAUGUUUCUGCCAAAAGGAUAUCUCAUGCUACCUUCUCACAAGACCCUCGACUGCUAAAAUGUACACCAACUUUCUGACAGUACUGCAUGCCUGGCAAACAAUAUGGAUUGGAACCCAUUGAAAAUACGUGCAGAGGUUUAGUGGCAUAUGUAUUCAUACGUUUUGGCUUACUUUGGAAGGUUCUUUAAACUUUAUGCUGAGGAAUUAAGAAGCAGAGUUCAAGAAAUCAGAAUAAUAAAACAAUCCCUUCAAGCCAGCAGUGUGUUGGUAAACCUCCAAUGGCAUGCUGCUGAUGUGUGCAGUAAACCUCCAGGAAAAUCCUAAGUAUAGAGAGAAAUACACACACCUGGGAAAAUCUUUGGCCAGACAGGCAUGAAGGCAUAAAGUCCAUGGAAGCAGCUUCUGCUGAAUGUCUUAUCUAUUUCCAGCGCGAGACUUUAAAAUAAAAGAUGAUCUACUACAUGUGGUGUAAUAUAUACACAUUCAAAACAAAGUUCUGUUGUGAAUAUCAAACUCAAAUCAUUAAACUAUUUUUGAAA